AUGUCCUCGUUCUCCCGUAAUGAUAACCAGCAUCUCAUCAGGCAUGUAUCGAACUCUCUGAUUGUUCGCCAGCUUCAGGCUGUCUUGAAAGCAGAGGGUCAGCCUGCAAGUGGUUUAAAGGCUAUGCUGCAGAAGCGUCUGGUAGCAUAUAUUGAAAGCCUCAUGAACGCCAACGACACCGCAGGAAUCGAUAGAGUUAAGCAACUCAUCUAUCGUUCAGAUUCACCUACACCUAACAGGGGCGCAGCCUCCCCGGCAAGCUUCCCUUCAUCCAACGGUUACGGUUCACCUCCUGUGGUCAAUAUGGGGUCAGGACACUAUCCGGCCUCCGCUGCCGCAGCCGCAGCCGCGGUGCCUCAGCCGUAUCCUCCCCAAAUUAGUUCAAAUAUCACUCGGAUACAUUUCAAAGAGAGCCCUUUUUACACAGUUUUAAAGGCACUUAGCAAUAUCGAACAAUGCCCAGUGAUGAACACCCAUCGCAACACCGUUACGGCCAUAGUUAACUUACCCCCCGCGGAUACGCAACAGCUCACAGAUAAAUCUUACCGUUGUAUGGUAUAUUGCGCAGCUGUUGAUGGCAUAACUCCCUUUACGAAAGAUACAGAAAUAGCUUUUCCGCAUCAAGUUGAACUUCGUGUAAACAACGAGCAAAUCUCAGGGCUUAAUCUUCGCGGACUAAAAAACAAACCUGGAUCUACAAGGCCUGCUGACAUCACCGACUACAUAUUAAACAAGAAGGCAUUAUAUCGUAAUGAAGUUACUCUUACUUAUGCCCUUACCCAAAAAUUUGCGUUUGUAGUGAACCUUGUACAGCAAGAGUCCGUUGAUCAACUUGUUGAGAAACUUCGUGUUGGAGCAUUCAUUGCAAAAGAAACCGUAAUUGCUGACAUGGUCAAAAAGAACGAAGAUUCCGACCUUGUAGCCACAGCUAGUAUUAUGUCUUUAAAAUGUCCACUGUCCACACUUCGCAUCAAUCUUCCUGUCCGCAGUACAUUCUGCAACCAUAUCCAAUGUUUUGAUGGUACAUCCUUUUUGCAAUUGCAGCAGCAAGCCCCGACAUGGAGCUGUCCAACUUGUAACAAAAGUAUCGGAUGGAAGAGUCUUGUGGUUGAUCAAUAUUUCCUCAACAUCUUGAAUAACACACCAAAAGCUGUGGAAUCAGUAACAAUUGAUGUUGAUGGUCGAUGGUCCAUUGCUGCGACGGCGACAAAUUCGCCAAUGCCUGACUCUGAUGAUGAUAAUUACGGCGAUGAGAUUAUUGAGAUAUUGGAUAGUCGUGUCACAAAGAUCAAGGAUGAAGCAACCCCUUCAUCUGUUUCGCCUAUUGCUCAAUCUUCUGGGGAAGUGUCACCACUGACCAGAGGUGGCAGCGGCAAACGGCCAUUUUCUCAAGUUAUUGAUCUUACGCAGAGCGAUGACGAUGACGAACAGCUACACCCCUCAAAACGGACAACCCCGUUCAUAGCACCCGCGAGCAUCAAUUCUGGCAAUGGGAGACUUCCAGGAGUUCCGUAUUAUGAUUCGUUGCCAGGGCUCGACAGCCGAUGA